GUUUGUUGUUUGCGCUGAAGAGCCAAACAAAUGCCCGCAAAACCAAUUGUCUUGUAGUGAAAGUCACGUGUGAUUUGAUCCGCAAAAAUGGCCAGAAAUACGAUCGAAAUCCCGCUGAAGGAGUCGGCGGACGAAGUGAUUGAACUGGAUUUGGAUGAACUGCCGGAUUGUCGGGAAGUGUUGCAGAUAUUGCAGUCCGAGACCGCGCCGCUCACCGUUUGGAUCCAAUUGGCGUUGGCCUAUUAUAAGCAGAACAAAGAACCGGAUUUCGUGCAACUCUUGGAGAGCUCCCGAACCGAUGCCUCUCUUAUAUACCCGGACUACGAGAGGGAUCAGAUGCGAGCGUUGGACACAUUGGCCGCGUAUUACGUGACCANAUAUCACACACAUACUAAUGAUAAUAACAAAGAACCGGAUUUCGUGCAACUCUUGGAGAGCUCCCGAACCGACGCCUCUCUCAUAUACCCGGACUACGAGAGGGAUCAGAUGCGGGCGUUGGACACAUUGGCCGCGUAUUACGUGACCAAAGCUAACAAAGAGAAGAAUAGGGAUAAGAAGCGCGAACUGUUCGCUCAGGCGACUGUCCUCUACACCAACGCCGACAAGAUUGUCAUGUAUGAGCCCAACCAUCUCGUCGUUCACNUCGCUCAGGCGACUGUCCUCUACACCAACGCCGACAAGAUUGUCAUGUAUGAGCCCAACCAUCUCGUCGGUAGGGCUCACUUCUGUCUGUCCGAACCCGACAAAAUGGACCAAGCUGACGCUCAGUUCACCUUUGUACUCAAUCAGGCGCCCAAUAAUAUACCGUCUCUUCUCGGGAAGGCGUGCAUCAGUUUCAAUAAGAAAGAGCCCAAAACGGCGCUCACUUUCUACAAGAAGGCGCUGCGGAUUAACCCCAACUGUCCGGCGAAUGUGAGGCUAGGAAUGGGUCACUGUUUCUACAAAAUGAAUAAACCAGAAAAGGCUAAACUCGCGUUCGAGAGGGCCCUACAGCUGGACCCCCAGUGUGUCGGCGCACUCGUCGGCCUAUCCAUACUGGAGCUCAAUCUGAAGACAUCGGAAUCGAUUCGACGCGGCGUUCAGAUGCUGUCCAAAGCCUAUACCAUCGAUCCGACGCAUCCCAUGGUUCUCAACCAUUUGGCCAAUCAUUUCUUCUUCAAGAAGGACUAUCAGAAAGUACAACAUCUGGCGCUUCACGCCUUUCACAACACGGAGAACGAGUCGAUGAGAGCCGAGAGCUGUUACCAAAUGGCCAGAAGUUUUCACAUUCAGGAGGACUUCGAUCAGGCCUUCCAGUACUACUAUCAGGCGACCCAAUUCGCGUCGGCGUCGUUCGUAUUGCCGAACUUCGGUUUGGGUCAGAUGUAUAUCCAUAGGGGAGACGCCGAUAACGCCGCGCAGUGUUUCGAGAAAGUGCUCAAAUCGAAUCCCAAUAAUUACGAGACAAUGAAGAUCUUGGGCUCACUCUAUGCGCAGUCACCCAAUCAGGCGAAGAGAGAUAACGCCAAACAGUUUCUCAAGAAAGUCACUGAACAGCAUCCGGACGACGUCGAGGCCUGGAUUGAAUUGGCACAGAUUCUCGAACAGUCCGACCUUCAGGGCGCUCUCAACGGUUACGGGACAGCCAUUAAGAUAUUCAAAGAGAUCUCGAGGAAUGCCAUAAACGUGGAAAUCCCGGCCGAGAUCUACAACAAUGUGGCGGCACUUCAUUUCCGUUUAGGCAAUAUUAAGGAAGCGAUGAAUCACUACUCGUUGGCACUGAAGCGGUGUAACGAAGAGAUGGAGCACGAGGUGGAGGAGCACUACUUUAAGUCCAUUUCGGUGACCAUUAACUACAAUUUGGCGCGACUUCACGAAGCGAACCACGACUACAACAAAGCCGAGACCAUCUAUAAGAACAUUCUUCGAGAGCAUCCCAAUUACGUGGACUGUUAUCUACGGCUCGGGUGUAUGGCCAGGGAUUUGGGACAGAUCUAUGAGGCCAGCGAUUGGUUCAAAGAGGCGCUUCAGGUGGAAAAGGACCAUGCUGACGCGUGGUCACUGAUCGGGAACCUGCACUUGGCUAAGCAGGAGUGGGGUCCGGGGCAGAAGAAGUUUGAGCGCAUUCUGGCACAGGAGGCCACCUCUCAGGACACGUACUCAAUCGUGGCGUUGGGCAACGUAUGGCUCCAGACAUUACAUCAGCCCUCGAAGGAUAAGGACAAAGAGAAGCGCCAUCAGGAGAGAGCCAUUCAGAUGUACCGACAGGUGUUGAAGAUUGACCCGAAGAAUAUCUGGGCGGCCAAUGGUAUCGGCUCUGUGUUGGCCCACAAGGGCUACGUUAGCGAAGCGCGCGAUGUGUUCUCUCAGGUUCGGGAGUCGACGGCCGACUUCCCGGACGUGUGGGUAAACAUCGCUCACAUUUACGUCGAGUUAAAGCAAUACGUGAACGCCAUUCAGAUGUACGAGAAUUGUUUGCGCCGUUUCUAUAGCCACACAAACACCGAAGUGUUGUUAUAUAUGGCCAGAGCUUACUUCAAAUGGGGUAAACUUAGACAGUGUCGUAAUGUCCUCCUCCGCGCCCGACGGGUCAACCCUCACGACACGCUUUUGCUCUACAAUCUGGCGCUCGUUCUCCAGAAACUGGCCGCCAGUGUAUUGGAGGACACGAAGAGUUCGUUGAGUACUGUGUUGUCGGCCGUCCAUGAGUUGGGUUUAGCGCAGAAGUACUUCUCUUUUCUUAAGAAAAAUGGCGACAAAAUGCGAUUCGAUCUCCAAUUGGCCGAAAUCGAGGAAAGACAGUGUCAGGACUUAUUGGCACAGGCUCAGUAUCAUGUGGUGAGAGCCCGACGUACGGACGAAGAGGAACAGGAGAUCCGUCGCAAACAGGAGGAAGAGAGGGAGGCUUUGCGGCAGAAGAUGCUGAACGAGCAGAGAGUGAAAGAGGAAGAGCGGGUGAAAGUGGAACAGGAGCUUAUUCUCAAGAGACAACUGUUUGUGGAGCAGUCGAAGAAUAAACUAUUGUUCGCCGAAGUGAGCGAAGACAAGCCCAAGAAGGGGCGGAAGCGUUACGUGGAUGAGGACGGCUUCGUCAACGAUAGCUCGUCGGACGGCGAGAAUAAGGAUCGCAUUAAACGGCCGCUAAAUCUGGCCGAAGGGGAGGUCUCGAAACACGAGCGCAAACGCAAGCGCAGGAAGAGAGACCGCUCGGAGUCCGGAUCCGACGAAGACGUGAAGGAGAGGAAUGAGGAGAGAAGGAAACGAAGGGAAGAGGAGAGACGCGUCCGCAAAGACAAGGCCCGCAAGAGUAAGGAGAACAGAGGACGCGUUCACAUCCAUCAGACCGCAGAUCAGGCGAAACCGUCGAAACCCGGAAAGUUUAAGUCCAAGGAAUACAUCGAUUCCGACAGCUCUUCCGACUCGGAUGACGACAAACUCAAGAUCGAUGUCGAGGACAAGAAGUCCGACGACGACAAGUCCGGUGACGACAAGUCUGGCGACGAUAAACCUGAGCGUCGAUCGAAGGGCUCUUCGUCUGACAAAUCGGGCAAAUCUUCGUCAUCAGAGAAGUCCUCUUCGGAUGUUUCGGACAGCGAUUCCGAUAACAGGGGAAAGAAGAGGAAGAAAGAGUCGAAACCCAAGAAAUCUAAGCCUAGAGUGAAGAAAGUGAGCGAUUCUUCUGAUUCUGAUUCGUCUAUUGAGGCGAAGAAGGAAAAGGUUCACAAAAAGAUCGACAAAAAGUCGUUUUUAGCCGAUUCUGGAGAUGAAGAGGAAGAACAGCAACAGAAAAAAAAAUCAGACGACGAGAAGAGCUCUGCAAACAGUUCUGAUUCCGAUUCAGACGCUAAACCGAAGACCAAAAGAGCGCGAAUAGAGUCGGACUCAGAGGUGGAGAGAAGUCCGGCGCCAAUGGAUAAGUCGGACAAGUCUUCGGACGAAGAGGAGGACAAAGAGAUGGAAGUGGAGAGAGAUAAUGAUGAGGCGGACGACGACAACAACGCUCCCAACGAACAGAAAUUACAAGAAGAGAGCGAUAAAGACUCGGACGACGAGAGACCGAAUGCCGCCAAAGAAGUGGCUAAAGAUUCGGACAACGAAAGCGCCGCCGAAGACAAGUCCGACGACGAGAAUAAUAAGUCUAACAAUCAAUCAUCUGUUGACUCGGAUUCGGACAAUGAAAGACCCGUUGAGACUCAAGCGGUGGCCAAAGAGUCGGAUAAAGAGUCGGACAAUGAAAGUGUGGCCGAGAAUAAGUCGGUGGACGGCAACAAAUCCGAGCACUCGUCCAACAAAGUGGCUAAAGAUUCGGACAACGAAAGCGCCGCCGAAGACAAGUCCGACGACGAGAAUAAUAAGUCUAACAAUCAAUCAUCUGUUGACUCGGAUUCGGACAAUGAAAGACCCGUUGAGACUCAAGCGGUGGCCAAAGAGUCGGAUAAAGAGUCGGACAAUGAAAGUGUGGCCGAGAAUAAGUCGGUGGACGGCAACAAAUCCGAGCACUCGUCCAACAGUUCCGACUCAGACAGCGAUUACGCUAAAAGUAUAAGCGUUUCGUUGGAGAGCGGAAUAAUUAUCGGUAAAUGUGAGACACAUAACAAUAAACGCGUGGAUGUAUUUCUGGGCAUUCCUUACGCCGAACCACCCGUCGGGCGAUUCAGAUUCAAGAGACCGGUGCCCGCCUUGAAGUGGUCACAGCCGCUGAAUGCGACCAAAUGGCCGAACCCUUGCUAUCAAUUACCUCUUCUCAUCACAUCCAUGACAAACACCAAUUUCAGCGAAGAUUGUCUUUACUUAAAUAUAUGGUCACCAAAUAGUUCCCAAAUGGAUAACAAUCUGAAAGCAGUGAUGUUUUUCAUACACUCCGGAGGUUUUCUUUACGGAACCGCAAGUGACCGACACAUUGACGGCAUUGCUUUGUCCGCAACGGGAGAUGUGGUCGUCGUUACCAUUAACUAUAGGUUAAAUGCUUUCGGAUUCUUAUAUACGGGAACAGAUGAUAGUCCCGGGAAUAUGGGUUUAUUUGAUCAGUCGUUAGCGCUUGAAUGGGUUAACGACAAUAUCCGUUACUUCGGUGGCGACCCGAAGCGGGUCACUGUGUUUGGAGAGAGUUCGGGCGCCUGGGCUACCAGUUUGCACAUAAUGUCGCCAAUCAAUCAAAACCUAUUCAAAAACGCUAUACUUAUGUCCGGCGCAGCACUUAAUUACGGUUUAGUGGUUGAGCCAAACGUUGCGCUCAUAUAUUGGUUAAAACACACGGAAUCUAUCGGUUGUUGCGAUGACAGCAACACUUAUUCCCUUCGAGUGAUCGAUGAAAAUAAUUUCAACAAAAAUAUUAGUCUUAUGGUCGGAACCAAAGGAGACGAAGGGUCGCCACUUUUGGCCAUUUUUAUAGAUGCCGUGAAAUAUCAUCCCUUUUCUCCCGUAAACAUCACAUUCAACGAAGCUUUCAAUGAAUUAAAACAAUUAUCGUCAAAAUGGGUGUCAAGAGUUGCCAUCAAUGGUGAAGAUGUGGCCAAACUAUACUUUACGGGUCUUUCCGAUAAGAAUAAACUAAUUGCGGUUUUAUAUAAUAACCAACAGGGUUUAGGUGUAAUAUGUUUCAUAACGAUCAUGGUGAGUUGCAAUAAUAAUUACGAUCCGUAUAAUCAGCAAUAUUCGGGUUUCAUCGGCGGUAAGUCUGAGACGGCAUUCAUACUGAUUGUAUGCCGCCAGUCAUCGGUAGAGUCGGAGUCAAUGUCGAUAUCAAACAACUCGUUGUACUCGUGUUACCUGCGGUCCGAAGUGAAUCAGUUCACCUACGAGUACACCAUCGAUGGUAUCCGCGAACGCAAUCAUCACCUCAUAAAGAGUGGUGUCUUUCACGCCGACGAGAGCUCUUGGAGUCUAAUCAUAGCGCCUAUAGUGAAGAACAUCACCGACGGGAACGAGUAUUUGGGCGUCUUCUUGAACAGGGAGUCGGGCGACAAAGCCGUGUGGGCUAAGUAUACCUUCGCGUUACACAACUGGUCCACCGGAGAGAAGCAUAACCCGAAGACCAACUCGUGUUUCUUUAACCAAAACAACGGCCAACGGAUCAACGGUCUGAUCAAUGGCGGCGCCGCCGGUGUGUUGAGUGGCGGUAAUAAUGGCGGACAUCAGCGCCAGAGGUCUGCGGGCCAUCCGUGGUCUCCAUUGAGCGGUGAUAUUGCCUUAAAUUCCAGUAAUUACGAAAUGAUUCGCUUCGAGUUCUCUUCGCCGCCGAAUCCGUUGCUGUCGUCGUCCGCGAGAGACGCCAACAGAAGUGUUGUCCAACUGAGCAACAAGUCCUCUGGCAUUAAGUCAUACAUACCCAGAGACACGCUCUUCGACGCCGACAAUCAUUUGGUGGACAGCAAUAAGAUUACCGUCUUCUGCGAGAUCUGUUUGUACACAAUUGUGGAUCCGUUGGAACCGUUAGACCGAUUUGAUCUGAAUCUGUCGGCCAACUAUACGGCGCUGCAAAAAGAGGGCAAAUUCUCUGACGUGAAGAUCGUGGUGGAGGGCCGAGAGCUUCGGGCGCACAAAGCGAUACUGUCCGCGCGGUCGCCCGUAUUCAACGCUAUGUUGGCGUCGGAUAUGCGCGAGUGUCGCGAGAAUGCCAUCGAAAUAUCGGACAUCAGACCGGAUGUGAUGGAAGAGUUGCUGACAUUCAUCUAUUCGGGAAAAGCGCCGAAUCUGUCGAAAGUGUCGAAAGAGCUGCUGUCGGCGGCCGACAAGUAUGAGUUGCCACACCUGAGCGAACUCUGCGAAAAGCAUCUCAUGUCCAGUCUUAGCGUGGAGUCGGCGCCAGAGAUACUGGUCCUCUCACACCUUCAUAAGGCAUCCAAACUGAAGUCAGUGACCGUUGAGUUCAUUAUCGCUAACCGUAAAGAAGUGAUGAAAUCCGAUAAUUGGGAUCUCAUUCGCGCCGAACCCUAUCUUCUCGAAGAACUCUUCACCGUCAUAAGGCAUCCAAACUGA